CUCACUUUCUCGCUUUCGCUUCGUUCCAAUUUACAAUUUCACAGUGCCAGUUCUUCUCCCACAUAAACCCUUCGGAUUCGAACCCCCAAUUUUCUUCCCCAAAUUGCUUCUCUACGGAUCGAGCAUUCAGCAUCCGAACGCCAUCAAGUAAGCAAAGUUUCAAAUUUAUCGUUAUUUUUUGGUUUAAUUGGAACUAAAAAAGAAAACAGAAGAUGUCUCAGGUGGCGGUAGAUGUUCCCAAGGGGGGAUUCAGUUUUGAUCUUUGCCGAAGAAACGACAUGCUUGCAAAGAAGGGAGUUCAGCAACCAUCUUACAGGAAGACAGGAACGACCAUUGUUGGUUUGAUUUUUAAGGAUGGUGUCAUUCUUGGAGCUGAUACAAGGGCCACCGAAGGACCCAUUGUUUGCGACAAGAACUGUGAAAAGAUCCAUUAUAUGGCACCCAAUAUCUACUGCUGCGGAGCUGGAACUGCUGCUGAUACAGAGGCUGUAACAGAUAUGGUGAGCUCACAGCUGCAACUGCAUCGCUACCAUACUGGUCGCGAAUCCCGGGUUGUUACAGCCUUGACCUUGCUCAAGAAACACCUUUUCAAUUACCAAGGUCAUGUGUCAGCUGCUUUGGUGCUUGGGGGGGUCGAUGUCACUGGACCCCAUCUGCACACUAUAUAUCCCCAUGGAUCGACCGACACGCUGCCAUUUGCUACAAUGGGUUCUGGUUCUCUUGCUGCGAUGGCCAUGUUCGAGUCUAAAUACAAGGAAGGCAUGACUAGGGAUGAAGGCAUAAAGCUUGUAACUGAAGCAAUAUGCUCUGGAAUUUUCAAUGACUUGGGAAGUGGAAGCAAUGUUGAUGUUUGUGUGAUAACUAAGGGACACAAGGAAUACCUGAGGAACCACUUGGUGCCCACCCCUCGUACCUAUGUCAGUGCAGAAGGCUAUAAGUUUACCAAGAAGACUGAGGUUCUCUUCACAAAGAUCACUCCGUUGACCGAGAAGGCGGUAGUGUUAGAAGGAGGCGAUGCAAUGGAAGAAUGAAACCACCACUUCACAAGGAGCAUGUGAAUGUUCAUGUAAUUCAAUUUCCAGGGUAUCCCAACUUGUUAUAUGUGGAUUGAUCUCGUUAUACAGAUUCAACAACCGCUAUUUUAUUCGUUGUGAACUCAUGAAGAAUUAUUGGCAUUUUCCAGACUCUGAGAUGUUAUUAAGUUCUCGUGCUUUUAGCUUAUCUUUGACGAGAAGAAUGCUAGCAAUUUUCUCGUU